AUGAGCUACUACAGUGGAUAUUAUGGAGGCCUGGGCUAUGGCUAUGGAGGCUAUGGCUGUGGAUGUAACAGCAUCCGCAGACUGGGCUGUGGCUGUGGUUAUGGAGGUUAUGGAUAUGGCUCUGGCUAUGGAGGCUAUGGAUAUGGCUGCUGCCGCCCUUCAUGCUGUGGAGGAUAUAGGUUUUUCAGCUUCUACUGA